AGUGAGUACUCAGUAUCUUGCCGGUAUGCGGUGAUCGAGUGUGUAAUCCGGAUGUAUAAAUAAUCGUGUUUUCUGUGCCGUAUCUGCAUAGUUAAUCAGACAAGCUCAGGACGGCGAGUAGCGUUAAGUCGUCUCGAUGCAUUUCCAGCUCUGGCCGAAUCCGCUAUCACCGCAACAGCUGAAGCGGCUGGAUGGGCACCGGUACAGCGCGGCCGGGCGCUCCUUGCUUGAUGCACCCUGCCAGCUCUUCUGGAACUGGCUUAUUGAGAGGAUCCCCACCUGGGUUGCGCCUAACACCUUGACCAUCACCGGCCUCCUUGUUAACAUUAUCACGACUGUCAUACUAGUCUACUUCUGUCCGUCUGCAACGGAGGAGGGUCCAGGAUGGAUCUUUCUCCUUAGCGCCCUGGGUGUUUUCAUCUACCAAUCACUGGAUGCUAUCGAUGGGAAGCAGGCACGGAGGACUAACAGCAGCUCGGCCCUCGGGGAGCUCUUUGACCAUGGGUGUGAUGCUGUUUCCACAGUGUUUAUUGCUGUGGGAUCAUGCAUUUCCUGUGGAGUGGGGAUAUACCCUAACUGGAUGUUCUUCUAUGGCUUUGUGGGCAUGUUCAUGUUCUUCUGUGCACACUGGCAGACCUAUGUGUCCGGCACACUCCGCUUUGGCUUGCUGGAUGUGACCGAGGUCCAGAUUGCCAUCACCAUCAUGUAUAUAAUGACUGCAUUUGGAGGUGUGGGUUUAUGGGAGAAAAAGCUACCCAUUCUAGGCAUGAAGCUAAUCACUCUUCCUACCCUGGGCAUAAUUGGUGGUUUCCUGUCCUCCACCUUCAACUACUUCCAGGUUAUUCUAAGUGGAGGUGUUGGCAAGAAUGGAUCCACAGUAGCAGGAACCAGUGUACUGUCUCCCGGGCUCCAUAUUGGUCUCAUCCUCACGCUGGCCUUUAUUAUUUUCAAGAAAUCCUCUAGUCAGCUAUUUGAACUCCACCCUUGUCUCUACAUCCUCACAUUUGGCCUUGUCAUUGCAAAGAUCUCCAACAAGCUAGUGGUGGCACACAUGACCAAAAGUGAGCUUCACCUUCAGGAUACUGCCUUUAUUGGACCUGGACUCCUGUUCCUCAAUCAGUACUUCAGUGGCUUUGUAGACGAGUAUCUUGUUCUUUGGAUUUCAUUUUUCUUGUCCCUGGUGGAUCUGAUACGCUACUGCACAGGUGUGUGCCUUCAAAUUGCUACCCAUCUGAAGAUCCAUGUGUUUAGCAUCACUCCGCUGUCCAACAAUCAUCAUGAAUAAUGACUAGUCCUCCUGGAAAAAGCUUGGUCUAUGAGAGGGGAGACCAAAACCAAGACCUCUGAUACACUGCUGCAGCUGGAAAAGGGACUGAUAUCAUAUAUCAUAUAUCAACCUUUUUUAACUCAAGAUCUAUUUUUGUAGUGGCCGGUGUGCCGAGAUCUACCAGUUGAAACAGGAAGCCAUAGCUACUACUCUUUUACUCUCUAGCUAUUGCCUUUCUGCAUAGUUAACAUGCACGCAGCAAAUCCAGACAAAUCCAGCUCAUUUUCCAAAUUGAAAAAGUGUAAAUAAAUGUAUCUCUCUACCUUAGUGGGACAGCUGGCACUGGGAAGAUGCAGCUAGGCAAAAAUUGACUGCUGUGCUGCUAACUUUUCAAUUCUCGCACUUUUCAGCUGCGUAUGGCUGUUUUAGCAGGUAACUCAGUCUCAUAGCUUUUGUGCAUCGUUUACAAAUGCGCUCCAAAUUGCCCUUCUUCGGUAAACCUGCGGUUGCAUUGCAUAUAAGACAUAUGGACUUCAAAUUUGAGUAAACAAAAAUAAUCCUCUUCCCACUCUGAAUGAAAAUGAUACGUUUUCGAUCUUUUGCCUUCUGACUUAUUUGUGUUUUAAAUGUUUACAGUGCAUGAUUAGUUGCACAUUGUAAAAUAGCUGCAAUAAAAUAAAAUAGCGCAAAUGCACGGACACUAGCAAUGCAAUCAAUUGAUCGUGAUCGACUGUUUGGGCACCCCUGCCUUGUAUUCAUCAUCAGUCUAUAGUUUUAAGUCUAGGUACUCGUGUUAUACAUUUUCCAUUGUCAAUAAUUCCAUUGUCACAUUUUUUUAUCAUGCAUUUAUUGUGAGUUUUCUUAGAUCAAAAUGUACUUUACAUAUCCUCCCAAUUAGAUAUGAUCCUCUUGUUUCUUAAGGUCCAGUUUAAAUUGAGGCAUUUUUUUUUAUUUUUCCAUUAGAAAAAAAUCCUUAAAUCAGUACUUAGUUUUAAUGCUGCCACUUGAACAAAUAGGAAACAAACACAAAGAAAAAUAUAACAAAGGCUUUACUUUAAAAUUUGAAAUCCUAUAAUGUAUUCUCGUUUUAGAAAUUUGAGUUUGGUAAUUAUUCAGAUACUAUGAACUAUUCUCCCACCUUGUGCAACUUUAUUUUACUAAUAUAUUAAUGCAGAUGAUGUGUCAUAUAAUGGUAUAAUGUGAAAUGUUAUGGAAAUUAUCACAAUGAUGGGCUGUUGCAGGAAUGAAGACCCUGUAUUGCAAAUGAAUUAUUUUAGCCUUAAUUUCUACACAUUUAGGGCAUUGACUUAUUUAUGAAAUUGUUUAGCCUGUUUGCCUGUGUGACAAAAUGCCAGAGAACCAGUGGGGUCAGUCCUCUUGGUGGUUGGAACUGGUGUGAUGAUGAGGCAUUACUGGCUUGUCUUGUCAGAUUAUGCCGGUUGCUGGAUCCUGGUUCCAGUGCACAUCACACAUUAAACUCCAAUACUGGUGGUAUGACAAAGGAGAUUGAUCCCAUCCUAGUGGGCAGAUGCUGAAGGCUCCUACAGAACUGCAGGCUCUACAGGAGUGCCCAGUUUGUGAAUUCUGACCAAAAACUUGUCAUUUCUACUCUGGAGUUUCAGCUUAGGUCCAGUAGUUCAUCUUGCAGGGUACCCUGGAUAUUAUUGAGAAGAGUCACAGUGCACAGCUUGAUACCAGCAACCAGACCAGACUGAUUUUAUGCCUAAGAAGUUUUCCAUCGACCACAUUCUGACACUGAUGGAUCUCAUCAAGCAGAAUUGCGAAUAUCGGUAGAGUUUCUUUGCAGCCUUCAUCGUGCUCCUGCUGCUUUCAUGGACUGGAUUAGGAUUUGGCCAGAGUUAUGGGGUUCAGUGGCUCUGGAGCAUCUUUUGGUGAAUAAAGAUUCACUGAUCUUGACUGGAGGCUUUUAUUAGGGUUUUCGAGAGACCCUAAUAAUAAAAUAAGUUAUGUUAAAA